AUGGAACUUAAAGAAUCAUUUGUUCGUGACGCUUUAUUACGUUUAGCCAAACGGCAACCAUUGCUUCGAGCUGUUAUUAAAAUUGUGUCAAAUUCCUCGUGGUUUGGGCAAAGCAAUGAAAGCUAUUUCAAGAUAAUUGAGCCGAAUAAAAUUGGAGACAUGAUUGACCUAACAACGUCGGAUGUCAACGCAUCGCAGUGGCAAAAAGGAUGGUAUGAUACCGUUAUGAGCCAGGUAAAGACUGGCUUACUAUGGCGAGCAGUUUUGUUUGCAGAGGAAUAUCUUCCAAAUAGCGAGAAGUACGUGAAUACUAUAAUUUUCCGCGUAAACCACAGUAUCGUUGACGGGGUAUCGGGGAUGAGUUUAUGCAAACAAUUCUUGAGCCACCUUAAUAGUGUUGCCGAAAACACACAAGUUUGCAGCGAAGAUGCUCCGAGUCAUGAGCUGUUGCCAAGUUUUUAUGAGAUGAUCAAUAGCACCCGAUCAAGAUCUACCAGCACGGAUUUGCAGGAAUAUGUAGGAUUGCAUUUCAUUUGUAAAUUCAUGAAAAGACUAAAGUUAUGCAUCUCAUUGGCCUCCAAACCCGAAAAACCCUACCCAUUUUUUAUGACACAACCCUCGGUUAAAGUAUGUGAUUUGGUAUACAAAGUAUUUUCUGAGAAACGCACAUCACGAAUUCGCAACGUUUGUAGAUCCAAGGGCGUAACUGUGACAGGGGCCCUUAUGGCUGCAGCGCAUAAAGCGUUUUGCAAGCUCAUUAAAAAUCAAGAUUUAGUAAUUGCCAAGGAACAGGAUUUGAUGCAUUUGUUUGCUAUCAAUGGUGUACGUUUCUGUGAGCCCAACCCCCCGGCCGAAUACGUGGGUAAUUUUGUAAUGUCUGAAAUGCUCCCUAUGUCCUGCAAUACGGAGGAUUUUUGGUCAAUGGCUCAAGAAGCAACGAAGCAAAUUCACACCAUAAUCAGAGAAGGAAAAGAUAUUUCCGCGAAUUUGGCUGAAUUAGAUAUUUUUACACCCAGAGAAGUUGUCAACGAAUUCCAUUCUCCCUUGGAUCCAAAGAAGAAAUUGUUACUAUUUAUUCACAAUUUCAUCUCAAGUGCUGGGGCAUUUACCUACGACGAUAGCACCUCUAUGUAUAAAUUAUAUGAAUGUCUUUAUUAUUCCGUUCCUUUUGGAUUUGCGAGUUUCGCUUCUCAUUUUAAUACGACAGUCAAUGGUAAAAUGUCAUGGGUGAUUAUAUGCAGUAAAUUUGUUCCAGGCAAAAUUGAAGAACAAUUUGCAGCGCUUUGUUUCGACAUACUUGAGAACGAAACCAGAUAA